ACUCCUUACGUGCUGUAGAGGAGCGCUUCCAGCGGCAGCAAGCGGAAAGGGCGACACUGAGCGCGAAGUUAUGAAGAUGGGAUUUUGAUGAUAUCUUCUAAUCUAGAACACUCUAAAAACUAAGUAGAUGUCUUCAAAUCUAGAACACUCUAAAAACUAGAUGUCUUCAAAGAACACUUUGCGCGAUAUCAAAUCUAGAACUUUCAAAUCGAGAACACUUCAAAUCUAGAAGACGGCUCUCAGGAAGCUAAGUCUGACAGCGGCUUUGUCGUGAUAAUACAACUAGUACCACACGUAGUAUGACUCUGACAAACUGGUACACGCUCAAUUAGAUAUCCACUAUCCUUCUCAGAAACAGAAUGAUCUCCGCGGCUUGAUAGGCGAAUCGUAGUUAGACGCUGGCCUAAAUUUGGUAUUAGUAUCUACAACAACUGCACCUUGACCCCUCCAACAAGCGUCGAGUCUCUGCAGCGCGAGAAAGAGGAAUUGCAAGAAACGGUUAGCAACUUGCAUCUGCAAUCGACUUCAAUGGAAACGAAGCUGAGCCAGUCAACUUUUGACGCCACACAAGCCGAGAGCAAAUUCGAGGACAAGUGUCACCGGUUGGAGCAGACUGAGGAAACACUAGUAUUUUUGUUGGUCCUCGAAACCUAACUGACCUAACUGACUUUUACUACAUAUUUUCACAUGUGCAGGACUUGAUAUUGUUUAGUCUCCCAGAUAGUAGUACAUGUAAGACUAUGUGAGACUCAUGCCAUGCCAUGCCACAACCUAGCCUUAGAACCCAAGGUCCGUACGCGAUCUCGCAUAUCGAUUCUAGAACAGCAACUUGCUAUGGAGCGACAGAGGACGGCUAUGGUUGAAGAAAAGGCAGCUGGAGACAUGGAACAGAUGAAGUUAAGACUUGACUUUUUCACCCACGCCGUCGCCUGAGAGAGAUAGAGAGAUAUAGAUUUGAGCAGAAGGGUCUCUUAGUACUUUUAUCAUCGUGCUGCUGCUGCUGCUGUUGAAUAGUUUUUGUUCUACUACUUGUUCUGGCCUUCAGUCACUUACUUAGAAGCUACUUAGUAUUUACUAGAAUGCUCUAUGUGAUACGGCUCCUUUGACAGUUCAUCUUCAACACGGGACAUGACAUCUGGCCUCCUCUGCUUGAGAUCUAAGUCAAAAAAAAUUGACACCUACAUCUUUUCAGGAACUGUUUCGUCUUGCUGUAUACGCAAAGAGUGACGAGAAUUUGAGAUGCACACAUGACAGGAGGAGUUCUUCUAAGGUGAAACGACAUACGGCAGGAGUUUGAGGACAAAGCAAAAACUGACUUGGCCCACAAGGACAAUGCACUAGCUGUCAAAGCCGAAGAGAAGGAUGAGCAGAUCAAAGCGGUACAGAGCGAGCUUCAGUUACGGCUUUUUCCCGUAAAUAGUUCAUCUGCAAAAUUUUUAUAGGCAUCUUGAAGCUUUCGUCUAAUGGAUGCUUUGACGACCCGUGCUGCCUUAGAGAAGAAAGAGCUCGAGCUUGAGAGGGAGCAUCUUCAAAAAGAGAUACAUCGUAUGGUGGAGCAGCGAAAGCAGGUCGAAGAAAAGCACGCACAGGACAAGGAAAAUUGGCGUGAAGAAUUGCUAGAGUGGAAAGGACGAUGCGAAUCUUUCGCAGCCGAGCGAGCUUUGAGCCGCGAAGCCGAGAAAGAGCACAAGGACCGACUUGAGGAAGUGGCUAGACGCAGCU